AUGGCACAGGGGAGGCGAGACGACUUCAGCGCUGAUGCCGUCUACAUCUUCACUCGGUCGCAGCGCCGCCUCGCGAGGGGUGGCUUCAGCACGCCUGCACUACCCUCGGCCCCGAACAAGCUUGUUCGGCGAAGACAGGCCACCGCCACCGAAGUCUCCCUCCAGAAGGGAGAGGGUAAGGAGGGACUGCGUCGUGUGCUCAACGCGGACCAAGCGGCGCUGCUGCAGCAGGAAAUCUGUCUGCUCGAAGACGUUCUGGCCUUCCUGCAGAAGAUCGGAGCUGACCAAGAGGACGUGGAGCUGUUGAAGCAAACGAGGGAGCAACUGGAGGAGUUGUUCCUGCUCGUCGUGGUGGGAGAGUUCAACGCCGGCAAGUCGGCUUUCCUCAACGCUAUGCUCGGCAAGAAGUACCUCAAGGAGGGAGUGAUUCCCACAACGAGCAAGAUCACGUCGAUUCGGCACGGCGAAACGGCGUCGUCUGUGCUUCCGACCGAAGAGCCCGAUCGCGAGGUCAUCUACCUGCCCGUGGACUGGCUCAAGGACCUCAACUUGGUGGACACGCCAGGCACCAACGCCAUCCUCAAGUAUCACCAGCAGAUCACCGAGCACUUUGUCCCACGCAGCGACAUGGUUCUGUUUGUCACCAGCUCCGACCGAGCGCUGAGCGAAAGCGAACACCAAUUCCUGAACAGGAUUCGCCAGUGGAAGAAGAAAGUUUUGGUUGUGCUGCAGAAGGUCGAUUUGUUGGAGGACGAAGCGCAGCUCGAGGAGUUGCGCAGCUUCGUCGCCAAGGGAAUGAGCCAGCUCCUUGGCAUCCAGCCCAAAAUUUUCCCAGUGUCGGCUCGCCUGGCGCUGAAGGCCAAGCAGCUGAUGGCCAAAGAGAACGCGUCGGCUGAGGUGAGGGAGAAGGCAGAGGCUGCAGCGCUCUGGGAGAAGUCCCGCUGGGCCGAGCUGGAGACCUACAUUCUCAAAUCGCUCGACGCCGGCGAGAGGUCUAAGCUGAAGCUCAAGAAUCCCCUCGGCAUCGCCCACAACCUUUUGAACAAGUACAAGGAUGUGACCGAGAGCAGACUGCAGGUCCUGGCCAAGGACAUCACCAGCAUCGAACACAUUGAGGAACAGCUCGAGGAGUACCGAAAGGAAAUGAAGAGGGACUACGAGUUCCAGCAGAACCGAAUCGACAACGUGCUGCUCGAACUGGCCAAUCGAGGCGACGCCUUCUUCGACGAGCACCUCUCCCUCUCCAACAUCUUUGCGUUGGCUCGGUCUGAGAAGCUUCGUGGCGAGUUCGAGCGCACCGUCGUUGCUGAAACGGCCAUCCAGAUCGAACGGAGCGUGAGCGACCUGAUCGACUGGACAGUGGACAAGAACAGCAAACAAUGGCGCAGAGUUGUGGACUACGCCCUCGAGCGAGCUGCGCACCACGCGCAAAGCGAAGGCCUCAUUGGCAAGGUCGAAUCCGAGUUCGAUUACAACAGGGCCAAGCUCCUCGAUACCAUGGGCGCAGGGGUCCGUAACGUAGUAGCGUCCUAUGACAAGACCGAAGAGGCCCGCCAGCUCGCCAACGAAGUGCAAACUGCGAUCUACUCGACGGCUGCGAUAGAAGUAACGGCUCUGGGUGUCGGCUCCCUCGUGGUCGCCUCACUUCUCGACUUUACUGUCAAGCGGAUCUUCAACGAGAAAAUCGCAGGGCUGCGGGUGAACAUGAGGGGCGUCAUGCAUGCGCACUUCGAUAGGGAGCUCGCCGACAACAUACGCAAGAUCCAGGGUUCCGUGUCUCCGUACACUCUCUACGUCAAGACUGAGAAGGAGAAGUUGACCAAGACGAAGACAAGGAUUGAGGACACGAUGAAGCGAGUCUCGAACAGCAUACACUCAAUCGAUCUGGCCUUCCAGGGCGAGUCCGCCGAGGCCCCCGAAGAGGACCUCCAGUAG